AUGCCGGAAGCGCCCAGAGCUAAUGCGCGGGACGAGGAUACCUCGGCUCUUAAGCCCAUGCUAAAGGGGUUUAUUAUGCUGGUGGUCUCCCAAUUUGUCUUGUCGAAGGCGAUGAACUACUGGGGCUCGUCGAAACCCGCUGCCGGUGGUGCUGAUGGCGCCGGCGGUGCUGUCCAGAACGCGCUCCCGAAGUUCGCUGAGAGACCAGACCAGGAUACGAUUACAAACGGGAGUUUUAUUCCUGCAAAGAUCCUGCCGAUAUGGGAGACAAAUACCAAGCUGGACAUCGCCAUACACGUUACGCCGUCGACUACGUUCCCGCUUCCGAAGGAUAGCAAGGUGCUAGAUGAGAAGGAUUUCAAUUUUGGAGACUCAAAGGAAGCCAGGGAGAUCAGCACCACCCUGUUCAUCCCCAAGGCUGUGCAAAACAAUGAGACUCUAUGGGCUCAUUUCUUCGUCGCACUUGCUGGCCAGCCACAGUAUUCAACGGAGAAGGAUUAUAGCUCUGACACGGCUUAUAACUUCUCGUACCCGCUCAACCAAUAUCUUCCAAAGAAGAAGUCUAAGAAACUCCGGAACCUACUUGAUGCAGCGGAAGAGACUGAAGUCGUGGAAGAAGAGCCAAAGACAGUUCAGAUUGGCUCGUUCUAUCAUCCAAACGUCACAGUGUCGCUGAUUCCCGAUCAGGGUGCUAUGAAUUUCCAGACUAUCCAUGCCUCCGUUCGCCGAUUCGUUCAACUCGAGCGGACUGGUGCCAGGGACGGCUCCGGCCAGGUUGGAUGGUAUUAUCCAACUUUCUUUGUAAAUCGCUUCUGGCAGCUCAGAAGCCAUAUGACCGAGCUCAACUCUACUGUUAGCGAAGUCCCGUUGCGUAUUACUCUGAACCACGUCAAAAACUGGCAGUUCGCUAUCAUGUCCAGUAUCGAGGACGACUCGAAGCAAAAGCAACACCAGGCCGCUUUUGGUGGAUCAAUUCCCACAACCUCAGGUGACGGAAGUGAGGUUGAAAUGAUCAAGGAAGUUCUCUUGGAUACCAAUAUUUACCUUCUUAUCACCACCGGAGUUGUCGGUAUUUUGCAUACGAUUUUUGAAGGUCUUGCCUUCAAGAGUGACAUCGCCCACUGGCGCCAGAAGAAAGACGUCGUUGGAACCUCAGUCCGCACCAUUAUUGCAAACGUUUUCAUGCAAUUGGUCAUCUUCCUGUACUUGCUUGACAACAACGAAAACACCUCUUGGAUGAUCCUUGCCGGACAAGGUUUUGGUAUUGUGAUCGAAGCUUGGAAAAUCACCAAGUCGGUCAAUGUUCGCUUCCGCCCUCCUCCAGCUGGAUCAUAUCUGUCGUUCCUCCCGUAUAUCAUUGUCUUUGAAGACAAACACAAACUCACCGAAACAGAGAAGAAGACCCAGGAAUACGAUGAGAUCGCGUUCAAAUGGUUGUAUGUCGCUGCCGUUCCUCUGUUGAUCGGAUAUGCGAUUUACAGUCUGAUGUACGAGACUCAUAAAUCAUGGUAUUCGUACGUCAUCGAGACGCUUGUCGGCAGUGUCUAUGCCUAUGGAUUCCUCAUGAUGGUCCCUAGCUUGUAUAUCAACUAUCGACUCAAGUCUGUUGCACAUAUGCCAGGCAAAGCUCUCACCUACAAGUUCCUAAACACAUUCAUCGAUGACCUUUUUGCAUUUACCAUCAAGAUGCCAACCCUACACCGCAUCGCCACUCUCAGAGAUGACGUGAUCUUCUUCAUCUGGCUUUACCAAAGCUGGAAGUACAAGGUUGACUACAAACGAGUCAAUGAAUUCGGCCAAGGAGGAGCAGACGACGAGGAAGAGGAAAACAAAAAGAAGAAUGAGAUUACCCAUCAAAGCGAGGAGAAGACCUCCGGUGAUGAUUCGAAGUCUGUCGAGCCAUCUACCCCCGCAGCCAAUGUGGGUGAGGCAUCUUCAUCUGCGAAGGCGUCAUCAAAGGGUUCGGCGCGGAAGAGAAAGUAG